AUGGCAGCCAACGAAUACUACCACUCCAAUAUCCCCAGCCCACCGAGCUAUGAGCAGGCCAAUCCAGGACACAUCGGGCAAGCGGUUUCUAAUACCCCCGGCUACGGCUAUGCCGCCCCCAACUUGUCUAACCACGACGAUCCUUCCGCCCCUUAUCACAACCGCGAGAGUCAACAAUCCUUUGCCUCGGACAAUGUCGCAUACCAAACAGCAGGCCGAGCCGGAGAAGGAGAUCACUACGCAGAGAACAUUCCACUGAAAUCCCAGGCCCAGUACGGCAAUAACCCUGAAUGGAUGCAUCAACAAACUCAAUACCCGCCGCAAUCACCAGGGGCCCUGGAGGACUCCCGGAGGGGACAGGGCAGACGGAAAAAGCAGGGCUUCUUCAGUUUUAAUAAGAAACCUGCCUGGGUGACCUGGGCCCUUACACUCGCUCAAAUCAUUGUUUUUAUUGUGGAGCUAGUCAAGUCUGCUGAGUUAACUGGCUCGCCCAUUGAAACCAAACCUUCAUUUAACCCGAUGAUCGGCCCUUCUUCUUACGUUCAAAUCUGGAUGGGCGCCCGCUACGAUCCUUGUAUGAAAAACAUCCCGGGGAUUCAAAACGCCAAUGAAACGAUCUACUUCCCGUGUCCGAACGCCACGACAGAUGCAUCCGAAUGCACACUCUCUGAAGCUUGUGGAUAUGGCGGAGUCCCCAACAACCAUGCUUACGGCACUCUUGAUGAGACACCCGCCCCGAACCAGUGGUGGCGCUUCAUCGUUCCCAUGUUCAUCCACGCUGGAUUCCUUCAUAUCGGAUGUAACCUGCUGGUACAAAUGACUAUGGGUGCAGAAAUGGAGCGUAUGAUUGGAGUCUGGAGGUAUACACUUAUCUAUUUUGCCAGUGGUAUCUUUGGGUUUGUACUGGGUGGAAACUAUGCCGCACAGUUAGAGGCUAGUGACGGCUGCUCGGGUGCUCUGUUUGGCAUUCUCGCUCUCCAGCUGCUUGACUUGCUGUACGACUGGCCCAACCGCCCAUCUCCCUGGGUGGAGCUCCUGAUCAUGGUUCUAGGUGUGGCCAUAUCAUUUGUUCUUGGCCUUCUUCCUGGUCUCGACAACUUCUCCCACAUUGGCGGUUUUACUAUGGGCCUUGCUCUGGGCUUGACUAUUUUGCGGUCCCCGAAUGCUCUCCGCGAGCGUAUUGGCCUUGCGCGCCAGCCGUAUGUUGCCAUGUCUGGCGGGGCUGGCACAGAAGCCACGGAGGGCAGAAAGACCACCUCAUUUGCGGACUUCUUCAAAAACAAGGGCAAGAUGGUCGCACCCAGUAAUGAAGCCAAUGCUGGAGAACCAAAGGGACCAUUGGCCUUCUUCACGGGUCGAAAGCCCCUGUGGUGGGCUUGGUGGCUUGUUCGCGCUGGCGCUCUCGUUGGUGUGCUGGUUGGAUUUAUUCUGCUUAUUAUCGAUUUCUACAAAUACCCCUCUUCGAACUGCUCGUGGUGCUACCGCUUGAGCUGUCUGCCCGUCCAUGGUUGGUGCAAGGAGGGCACUCUCCAGCUUACAAGCACAUCCGGUAGCUCUUAG